AGCGCAGCCAGUCGCGACUGAGACCGCCCGCGCACGCACGGGACUUGCGCGAGAGUGGAUAACGGUGCGCGGUUCGAUUUUUUGGAUUUUUUAUUGGAGAAAAUUGGACGAAGAACACGAAAAUGUUAGAAGGCACAAAAAUCAACCCACACUCCCAGGUGUCGAAAAUUUUCGACAUCGCCAAGGACACCGUCCUCUUCUUCAUCCUAUCAUGUUACUACAUAAUGGAAUCUCUGUUUUGGACGUUGGUGCCUAAUGCUAUACGGCCUAUGAAGAGCCUGAAGGGCGAUGUGGUGCUGGUGACGGGAGGUGGAGGAGGAGUGGGUCGGCAGUUGGCUGUGAAGUUGGCGCGGAUGGGAGCUAAGGUGGUUAUUUGGGAUAUUAAUAAAGAAGGGUUGCAGAAGACGUGCGCAGAUGUGACGGCCGAGGGCUACGAAAUCGCCAGCUACGAAGUGGAUCUGUCGGACCGCCCCACCGUCUAUGCGGCUGCUGAAAAGGUCAAGAACGAGGUGGGGAAAGUGGAUGUCCUCAUCAACAACGCUGGCACCGUGUUUGGGGAGACCCUUCUGGAUCUGAGCGACACGGCCAUCGAAACCACAUACAAAGUCAACAUCCUCUCGCAUUACUGGACGGUAAAAGCGUUCCUGCCCGAGAUGAUCGAGACAGGCAAAGGCCACAUUGUAACCGUGGGCUCAGUAGCUGGACUCUUGGGGACCUACAGAUGUACGGACUAUAGCGCUACCAAGUUUGCCACGGUCGGCUUCCAUGAGAGCCUCUUCACUGAACUUAGGGCUCACGGCCACACUACAAUCCACGCGACGCUAGUGUGCCCCUACUACAUCAACACGGGAAUGUUCGACGGAGUCACCCCACGCCUCAUGCCGAUGUUGGAACCGGACUAUGUCGCCGAGACCAUGAUAGACUCUAUUCGGAAGAACGAGGUCAACUGCAUCAUGCCUGGCUCUGUGCGGUAUCUGCUGUGCGUAUCCAACUUACUCCCAGCGAAAAUGUGCUGGGACCUGAUGCACCGCGUGAUGAAGGGACCCCAGUCCAUGAUGGAGCUCAAACGGAAACCGAAAGUCGCUGGCCACUAACAAAUUAGACUAUGGCCUGCGAUUACACACGCCUAUAGCUUGCACAACUGGCCCCGUAGCCGAAUGGCAUUUCUCCGACGCCAAACGAAAGCGAUACGCCGCUGGCUCUGUCGCGCCAAUACGCAAGCGCGAUAGAGAUAGAUAUCUACUAGCGCUUCGUUUCGUGAGCGUUUCGUGAGCGAUUGUGCCAUUCGGCUAGCCACCCUGGCAUGCUAUACGAGUACAAAAUCACUGGCAAAUGGACUGGCAUGCAAGUAUUUUGUACGCGUCUUGCAUGCCAGCUGUGCAAGCUAGUCAUGUGUAUCGCAGGCCUAUGAACUUGUGACAGGCCAGCGUGCGUAGCCGAAUGCACAAACGCUCACGAUAAUAUCUCUUUCGUAGCUAUCUAUCUCUAUCGCCCUUGCGUAUUAGCGCGACAGAGCCAGACUACCGUUCGCGGCGUUUCGUUUUCGUUUCGCGUCGCAGAAAUGCCAUUCGGUUACGGGGCCAGGUUACAAAGUUGAUUCUGCACUUUAUAACAAAGUCAUAAAGUGCUACAUUUGAUGAUACGGAUUUGGUAACUUGGAUCUGGAGUAACAAUUUGUGAAGAAAUAUUGAAUGUUGUAAUUUAAUUAUAAAUAGAGGAAUUAUGUUAGUUAAGGAUUAACUUAGAAGACUGAACUGUUGUUUAAUACAGAGGUUUAACAACUUA